GCACGACUUCAUGGCGCCGCCGGUGAGCGGCCUGCGGGAGCUGCGGAGCCGGCGCGGCGAGAUGCGGAGCCGCGUGGAGCUGCUGCUCAUGGAGACGCAGGCGCGGGUGUGCCGCGCGCUGGCGCAGCUGGACGGCGCCGCCGCCUUUUCCGUGGACAGCUGGGAGCGCCAGGAGGGUGGUGGUGGCAUCAGCUGUGUGCUUCAGGAUGGCGAUAUCUUUGAGAAGGCAGGUGUUAAUGUGUCCGUAGUAUUUGGUCAUCUUUCUGAGGAAGCUGCACAACAGAUGAGAAGCAGAGGGAAAACUCUGAAGACUAAAGAUGGUAAACUACCAUUUUGUGCCAUGGGUGUAAGCUCUGUUAUCCACCCAAAGAAUCCUCACGUUCCAACUAUACACUUCAACUACAGAUAUUUUGAAAUUGAGCAAGCAGAUGGGUCUAAGCAGUGGUGGUUUGGUGGUGGAACUGACCUUACUCCAACUUAUUUGAACCAAGAGGAUGCUGUUCAUUUUCACAAAACUUUGAAAGAAGCUUGUGAUAAGCAUGGUCCAGAACUGUACCCCAAGUAUAAGAAAUGGUGCGACAACUAUUUUUAUAUCAAACAUCGUGGAGAGCGAAGAGGGAUUGGUGGCAUAUUCUUUGAUGAUCUAGACUCUCCCUCAAAAGAAGAAGUGUUUCAGUUUGUGCAGAGCUGUGCUGAAGCCAUUGUGCCCUGUUAUAUUCCCAUUGUGAAGAAACACUGUCAUGAUUCCUUCAGUCCCGAGGAAAAGUUAUGGCAGCAGCUUCGUAGAGGAAGGUACGUCGAGUUCAAUCUUGUCUAUGACAGAGGUACAAAGUUUGGCCUUGCAACGCCAGGAUCCAGGAUUGAAAGCAUUCUUAUGUCUCUGCCCCUGACUGCCAGGUGGGAAUACAUGCACUCGCCACCAGAGAAUUCCAAGGAAGCUGAGAUCCUAGAAGUCCUGCGUAAUCCCAAGAACUGGGUACACUGACAAGCACUGUGAAGGGGCCCAGCUGCCUGUGUUCAGCCCCGUGUAAAGGAUAUGAACUCUCGUCAAUCAACCUACUCCAACUACCAUUAUGUGGCAAUGCAACGGCUCCAUUUUCAUAUUCUUAUGUGCCUUGAGGGUUGUAUGCUUGUUUAUCAUAUUUUACAAGGAGACGAAUUGUUUAGAAGCACCAAACUGAUGCUCACCCCUUGCUGCUGUUGCCUUCUAUAGGCUAUGAAACUCUAUCUCAUAUGUUCAGUAACACUCAACAUUUUGGCUAAACCCAACAUGAAAUAAACCACUUAGAAAUACUCCCAUAUGGGAUUAACAUAUUUGCCAAUCUUAAAGAGAAUUAGGUUUCUUUUUCUUUUCUUUUUUUUUUUCAAGUUAUAAGACUUGUUCUCAGGAAAUGUUUACAAUGUUUUUUAAAAAUAAUGUUCUGAUGCUUCAUAAUUAAAAGAGUUUCACCUGG